AUGUUGGGUAAUCGCCUUGUCAUCGGGCUAGACUAUGGCACCACGUACACAGGCGUGUCUUUCUGCGAGACAUCUGACGCUGGCGCGCUCGAAAAGCAUAUCGAAGUCAUCAAGGACUGGCCGUCUCGUCAUACUAAGAUCGGCACAAAGGAGAAAGUCCCAAGCGAGAUCGCAUACCUUUCGGAUGGCAUGAAGUGGGGUUCACUCAUUCCAACAAAUGCUCAGCGCCAUAUGUGGACAAAGUUGGAACUUGACUCACCCCAGGCUGGCGAGGCAGCGAGAAUCCAGCGAGAGCUAGUCGCAAACACCCGAGUCACGCUCAAACAGCCUGUCGAUAUUGUUGCGGACUUUCUUGAGCAAGUCAAGGGCCAUCUGAUCAAAAACCUCGAUACCCAGUAUGGUGAGGAGCUUUGGAGGACAUUGCCUAUCACUCUGGUCAUCACCGUCCCUGCAGUCUGGUCCGAUGCUGCUAAGGCUCGCACGCACCAAGCUGUUCGCAUGGCAGGGUUCGACAACUCUUCGUUUCCUAAGCUGAAAAGAACCAUCACAAUCACUGAACCAGAAGCUGCGGCUACCUACACUAUCCAGUCGCUCCGAGGCAGUGCUCAAGAUGAACAAUUCGCUCUUGGUGACGGCUUCAUUGUGUGCGACAUGGGAGGCGGUACCGUCGAUCUGAUCUCAUAUAUUGUUGCUGAGCUUAAUCCAACAAUUCUGGAAGAGGCCACUGUUGGCGACGGCGAUCAGUGUGGUGGUAGCUUCGUCGAGCGAGGUUUCCUCAAAUGGUUGGAGCGCCGCCUCGGUACUGCUGACUUCGUUAAGGUCGCGGGCUGCAGGAGCGACGAAAUUCCUCGCACUUCAAUGUCCAAGAAGCUGGGUCAAAUGGUGCAAGACUUUGUGUUGGAAGCCAAGAGCGGGUUCUGUGGAACUGAGACCAGCUACCUGCGUCUUCCUACUCCUCUGAGUGCAGUCGACGAUGAUGAGUCUCGGGGUAUAUCUGAUGGAGAGAUUGUGAUCACUUCGGAGGAUAUGCAAGAGAUGUUCGAAUUUCCUCUUCGUCGCACAUACGAGCUUAUCCUAGGUCAAAUACAGCAAGCUCGGUGCAGCGGCAAAGUUCAACUCAAGCACCUCAUCAUGGUCGGCGGCUUCUCUGAGUCUCCCUACAUGUACGAGAAGAUCAAGGCAUUCGCGAAGCUCAACGGUCUUCAAGCAAUCCGCCCUGCUAAUGCUUGGUCCGCAGUUGUUCGUGGCGCAGCAGCCAAAGGCCUCGAGGGAGACGGCCGUAAGCACAUCAAGAAUCGCAAGUGUCGCAGGAACUACGGUACUGAAUGCAGCAGGCCGUUCGAUGCCAAGCAACACAAGGAGAUCGAUGCAUAUAUUUGUCCGUUCAGUGGUCAAAAGAAGGCUCGUGACCAGAUGGCUUGGGGCCUAAAGAAGGGUCAGGACCUCUCGACUUCUGAAGUCUCCCAUGCGAGCACGACAUUCGGCCAGCACAUUUGGGUCGGCAAUAAGAGGCACUCUUCUAUCGAGCUUAUGGCUUCUGAUGCGGACAAACCUGCCACUCGUGCUUCAGACAAGACUGUGUACACACUCGCUACUCUAGAUGUUGACUUGAGCAUGGUUCCGGAGAGAGAGUUCCAACUCAUGUACAGCCCUUCCGGUGUUGCGUGCCACAAGCUGGAGUUUGACAUGGAGAUCUCUGUAGAGUCUACCAUCGAGUACUCCUUGACGGUCAACGGUAUCAAGUACGGAUCUGUGAACGCGAAGUAUCAUUAA